AUGGAGAAUGAACAGCGAGCUGAGCGUCUUGAAAGACUUGGCGAUAUAGUGAUGGAAGUAUAUCAGAAUCAUCCGGCUUACGUGGAUGUGGGAGGUAUUAUAGGUUUUGGCGAUAAUGACAUUCAAUUACAUGAGAUCUUGGCGACGGUCCUAGAAGAGGGAGGAAGAAAAAUGCGACUAACUCAAAGGGAGCUUGCGAAUAUGGCUGGGUCGCAUGCUUCUAAUUGGAAUGAAUGGUAUCACCGGCAGCGCCGACCACUUCCUUCUGAAGGGAAUCGUACCCUUUGGUUUAUUAAUCAAAUCAUCAUAUUACGAUUGGAGGGUUUAGUUCUUGCUGGACCACCGCCUCCUCCAUGGCCGCUGCGAGACUAA